UCUUCCAUGAUCGUGUACUGCCAAUUUUAGGUUAUGUUAUCUCCUUCUUGGAUUGUUGUCUCUUUUUGAGUCUUAGUACUUCUCUUGAAAAAUCAUUACUUUUGCACGGCGUAUUCUUUAGGUUUACGUCGUUCGUUUGUGAUUUUUCGUAUUAACAAUGGGUUUCGUUAAAGUAGUGAAGAACAAACAAUAUUUCAAACGGUAUCAAGUCAAAUUCAAGAGGCGUCGUGAAGGUAAAACCGACUACUAUGCGCGCAAACGUUUGAUCGUUCAAGACAAGAACAAAUACGACACUCCCAAGUACCGUUUAAUUGUUCGUUUCUCCAACCGAGACAUCACAUGCCAGGUUGCACACUCUCGCAUUGAAGGAGACAAAAUUGUCUGCGCUGCCUACAGCCAUGAAUUACCUAAAUAUGGUGUUAAAGUAGGUUUGACCAAUUAUGCUGCUGCUUACUGCACUGGACUUUUGGUUGCCCGAAGAUUAUUGAAAAAACUUGGAUUGGACCGUUUAUACGAAGGCUUGAAAGAGGCUAAUGGUGAAGAAUACUACGUGGAACCUGCAGAUGAAGGUCCAAAUGCUUUCCGUUGUAAUCUAGAUGUUGGUUUGAUGAAAACCAGCACUGGUGCUAGAGUAUUCGGAGCCAUGAAAGGAGCAGUUGACGGAGGAUUCAACAUUCCUCACAGUGUUAAGCGAUUCCCUGGCUAUGAUGCUGAAGCCAAGGAAUACAGUGCAGAAACACACCGUAAGCACAUAUUAGGCUUACAUGUGGCUGAAUAUAUGAAGAAGUUGGAGGAAGAGGAUGAAGAUGCCUACAAUCGACAGUUUUCUCAAUAUAUUAAAUUAGGAAUCGUGGCCGAUGAUUUGGAAAACAUGUACAAGAAAGCACAUGAAAAUAUAAGAAGUGACCCGAAACGAGAUCGUAAACCUAAGAAAGAUGUUGGUAAAGAGCCGAAACGCUGGAAUGCCAAGAAAUUGACCAAUGCAGAACGCAAACAGCGUGUUGUGGAAGCCAAAGCUGCGUAUCUUAAAGAGUUACAAGGCGAAGAGAUGGAAUCCUAAACCGUUUUGUUGCAAUUUAUUCAAUAAAAUAUUAAAAACUCUAUAAAA